UGGCGUCGCUGUUGCUCGAUGUGUUCGGCAGUCGACACCCAUGGAAGCAUUGAAGCAGUUAGCAUUGAAGUUGAGAAAUUCCAAAUAGCAAAAGAGGCAUCAUUCACAAAAGUUGAAAAUUGCCAAAUUGGAUAGAUAAUAAGCAAAGAAUACAGACCACGAGCAAAACUCGCCGAUGUCCAACGUUUGUUUUGAUGAGAAACAUCUUUUUGAUAAUUUUUUUUUAUUGUGAACACCCAAAAGAGAUUAGAGAGAAAUGGGGACUGAUCUAAGAGAGUUUUGUCUGAGAUGGAACAAUCAUCACAACACUUUAAUAUCGGUCUUGGAUACCCUUCUCACGAAAGAGAGACUUGUUGAUGUCACCUUAGCGGCAGAAGGACAGUUCAUUAAUGUCCAUCGAAUUGUGCUGUUUGCGUGUAGCCAGUAUUUUGAAGAACUUUUAAGCCAGUUGCCUGAUAAACAGGCAGUUGUUUUUCUGAAAGAUGUCCAGUUUGUUGAUCUCAAAGCUUUAGUGGAUUAUAUGUAUAGGGGUGAGGUGAAUGUUUCCCAAGAUCGACUGAAUAUUUUCUUAGAGACUGCUUAUGCCUUAAAAAUUAAAGGUCUGGUUGAUCAUCCACAACACAAGAAAUUCACAGCUAGUCUUCCAGAAACUUUUCUUCCCUCAAGAACCAAGGCCAGAAUGAAUGGAUCAAAUAAGCCCUCCCACAUCUCAUUAGGGAAAUAUCCCAGUUCUGUAAACACUGAUGAGUCUGCACACUCCCCUGCUGAAGCUAGAUCCCUUUCAUCCCCUCCAAUGCAGAUGAUAGAAGCAUCGUUGACUGGAGAAGAAGAACCUGAACAGGGCGAAGAAGAGAGAGAUCUUACACAGGAUGAGGAAGAAGAUGAAGAUGAAGAAGAAACGGAACCUGGCGUGUUCGUAGCUGAAAUGGAACCCGAUGACCCCUUUGUGUCUGCUAAGCCCGAUGAGAACAUGGACUCCGAAUUCGGUGAUGAUCAUUUUGAAGCAACUGAAAACUGGUCUUAUAAUGAUCCCGAAGAUGAAUACUGGAAUAAUUCUCAGGAGCAAUUCAGUACAUCCGCCAACAACAACUCAAAUGGAGGUUCGGAAACAUGGACUCCUACUCCCAAUGACGCUGCUGGACCUUCACGAACACGACGCAACAACAAAAAGAAUCCUUUAUCUUCAACAGUGAUUUCCCCAAAAAGCAGAGGGCGAGGAGGGCGAACUCCUCAGGCUGUCCGCAAAACCAAAUAUGAUCCCACAAAGCCUUUCUCUUGCCCGCAGUGCCAACGACGCUACAAUCGCAAAGAUAAUUUACAAGCUCACAUGCGUUACGAAUGUGGCCAAGACCCGCAGUUCAGCUGCCCUGUUUGCCAGCACAAGUUCUCUCAUCGGCGUUACAUUCAAAAGCAUAUGCAGAGGCGACAUCCGGCCGAAUAUGAAGAGUUCCAGAAACUGAAUCCUUCGGAGAGCGUUUGAUGCUGUAAACUACAUUGAUCUAUUAAUAGGCGCCAAAGUAAAAAAACAAAUAAGUUUACGUGUUGUUCCUUCGUCGACCCGAACAUCUUUUUAUAGAUGUCGAACUAUUUGCUUUUCCUUUGGAAUCUAAUUUUGUGGAUUAAUGUUCCUCGGCUAUACUUUUGCUUAAGCGCACAGCGUUUGUGUAAUUUCUUAGUGUGAAUUAAAUAUUAUUUUUUUUGUA